GCGAAACAGGAAAAGAAGGGAAGAAGGAAGCAGAGGGAAGAAGAGAGGGAGGAGGAGGGGUGGCGGCGCCGUGGCGGAGGAGCAGGAGCAGGAGGGGGAUGGAGAGGAGAAGGCUCGUGGGUGGCAUGGCGCUCCUGCUCCUCCAGGCGCUGCCCAGCCCCCUGUCAGUGAGGGCUGAGCCCCCGCAGGAUAAGGAAGCCUGUGUGGGCACCAACAAUCAGAGCUACACCUGUGACACAGGACACUGCUGUGGACAGUCUCAGUGCUGCAACUACUACUAUGAACUCUGGUGGUUCUGGCUGGUGUGGACCAUCAUCAUCAUCCUGAGCUGCUGCUGUGUCUGCCACCACCGCCGAGCCAAGCACCGCCUUCAGGCCCAGCAGCGGCAGCAUGAAAUCAACCUGAUCGCUUACCGGGAAGCCCACAAUUACUCAGCGCUGCCAUUUUACUUCAGGUUUCUGCCAAACUAUUUACUACCUCCUUAUGAGGAAGUGGUGAACCGACCUCCAACUCCUCCCCCACCGUACAGUGCCUUCCAGCUACAACAGCAGCAGCUGCUGCCUCCUCAGGGCAGCCCGGCAGGCGGCAGCCCCCCAGGCGCCGACCCGCCCCCGGGCUCCCAGGGAGCACAGAGCAGUCCUUUGUCUGCACCGAGCAGAAGCAGCACGAGACCCCCGAGUGUCGCUGACCCUCAGUCCCCCGAAGUGCCCGCCGCCGGCCCGGCGGCCACCAAAGCCCCAGGAAUGGAGUCCGGCGACUCCGUGGCCGGCCUCGGGGAGCUGGCCCCGGGGCCCUUCCUGGACAGGGAUUCGGAGUGUAAGGAGGAGCUUCUGAGAGAUUCAAGUUCUGAGCACGGUAGUGUGCCCCCCGACAGCAAAGACAAGACCCCCGGCCGGCACCGCCGAUUCACAGGUGACUCGGGCAUCGAGGUGUGCGUGUGCAGCCAGGGCCACCACGAUGAUGACCUCAAAGAGUUCAGUACGCUCAUCGAUGAUGCCCUGGACGGGCCCCUGGACUUCUGUGACAGCUGUCACGUGCGGCCUCCCGCUGACGAAGAGGAAGGGCUCUGCUUGUCCUCUGAGGACCCGGCCCGAGAGCCUGGGCACCCCCACCGGUCGCCCGCGUGCCUGCUGCUGAACACCAUCAAUGAACAGGACUCUCCGAACUCGAAGCGCAGUGGCUCCGCCAGCUAGAACAGGCCCUGCCUGCACCGGAGAGCGACAGAAACCAGGGUAGGGGACACCCACAAAGAAGCAUUAAGUGACUUUCAGAAGUGGUACAGCCACUCUGGCCUUUUAUUUUAUUUUUUCCUUCUGUCCCACUUUCCCACAUCUCCAGGUACAAAUUUGGGAUGUGGAUGGCUCCUUUUCCCCCCACAAAAGCACAGUGUUGUAGGAAACUGAGAAGCUGAUUCUGUGACUCAUUCCGCACCCCUCUUUUCAGACUUGUAGCUCACCUACCUGCUUGGCUAAGAAACGUGUGUUUGGAAAGCCCUCAGUGACUGGGGUUGGCAUUGUGCUGUAAGCUGGGUCUCAGGACGGAGUGGAUUUGUAAGAAAACCGUGUCUCAGUCUGGGAGAGACAGUUUAUCUUGGCCCCGAGUAAAAAAGGAAACCCUCGGGGGCCCGGGUUGUCACCCAUGGCUGUCACCUAUGCAGAGCUGGCAUUGGUCUAAUCCUGUGGGAGUGUGAGAGCCAUUGGACAGGCUGGUGACGAUCUUGUUGCUCUGACAAGCCCCAGGUGGAAAGUACACAUCUGUGCAUUGUAGAGGGGUCCCUUCCCAGCAGGCCUUGGCCUCAGUCUGGUAGUUCAGGUGCAGAAGGUUAUACUGUGUUCUUUAAAAACAAAUAACAAAGGCUAGCUGGAAACCAGACCGCAUCGGUAGGCCAGCAAGAAUUCUCCUCUAGACAAGGGAAUCUUGUAGCUCUCCCCUAGGCUGAGUUUCCAAGAGUCUGGCUACUGUGGGCAAGGUGGAGAGUGUGUGAGCACGCCUGGUAGUGGUAGCCCUGGGCCUUCUGGGAAUGGAGGCUUAAGUCCGAUGGCUGGUGAGAUACAGCCUCUGCCACCUCUGCCCUUUGUCUAUGCCCACGGGUGAUUGGUGGUCCUUGCCCAUCCUGAGCAGUCUGCAGUCUCUGUCUCCUCGUCCUCUGUAAGCAGAUGGGCUGAGGGAGUUGUGUGUCCUGGGCAAGGCAGCCUAGUAGCCUGGUUCUCAGUAUUUUCUCUUGAGUUUGACUAAGCCUGUUGUUUGUGUAUUUGUUUGUUUUAAACUGACCACUUAGAAGGAACACUUUAUCUGUGGUUCUUGUGGCUGCCCCCUCCCCCUAGCCUGUUGGAGAGGCCUAACUCACUUUCCUGUACAGCCUGUGUAAAGAGUCCCUUGGGCAGGAGGUGACAGCCAUCUCCAACAGGACGUCAGGGCCUGGUCACUAUUGUCUGGCUCCCGAGACCCCAUUGAGCUUUGAUAGGAAGAAGGAGCGUAGAAGCAGCUGAGACAAACAUUCCCCACCCAGCCCUGUCCUGCAAAGAGUACGGUUCCUUCCCUGCUCUUGAAUGAUGAUCCAUAGACUCGGCACCAUCAUUAUGGUGAGAAAGGACAGAAGGAAGGAGAAAGUCCAUAUAAACACACAUCCAAGGCUGGAAGGUGAAUGCACGUCUGCAUUCGGAUGCCGCAAACCAAAAUCCUCGUUGAACAAAAGUGAAGUCUACACAGUGAUGUUGGAUGACGUGGUGUGUGUGUGUCCGUGUGUGUAUGUGUGUGUGUCCGUGUGUGUCUGUCUGUCCCCCAGCCCUGUGUUCCUGUGAAGAUACUUUGAAUGGUCAUUCUGCUCACAUUAACCACGGAGCACAUAUGGCCCUCUCAAGGUAAUUUAUUUUACGCAUUUACUGUUUACUGAACAAUUGUCUGACUGUACUUGGGUGUCUUCAGCAGCCUUGUUGCCGGCAGCGCCUGUGUUUGCCAGCGACGCUGCCCGCCAGGGAGAGGCUUCUUACUCAGCUCACCACUGCGAUUUGCACAUUGCUCCACGGACACUCAGAGGCCUGCAUUCUGUUCCCUGUACAUGGAAACGUUCUGAACCAGUCUCCCUCUCUCUGCUGCUCUCAGACAGAAGCUUGACUGAGUCUUGAGUGACAAGCGUGGACUAGCUGUGGCCCAGACAUCUGCCUGCCCAGGAUCACCAGGAGUCUGGCAGACACCUUGGUGCGCCACAAGCGCGCCCCUCCUCUGCCAGGGUCCGGAGGGCUGGUGUGUGGCCAGAGGGGCCCGAGCUGCAGCCCCCACACGCCUUUCCAGCUGCCUUCUCAUUAAAGUCCUACUCAGCUCACUCAAGUGUCUCAGAGGAGAGUAGUUCUCCUCUAACAAGCCCCUCCUUAGCUAAGCAGUGGCGAUGAGGCGGGGCUCUGGCCCUUGGCAGGGGAGCUGGCCCGAGAGCACCCACCGAGAUGACGGUGCCGCCGUAGCCCGGCCCCUGCUGCUUCAGGCCACCCUGAGAGAGCCCUGGAGACAGUGAGCUGGGGUCAGGGACACUUGGCUGAGUCGGGUUUCCAGGUGAACAGGAGGAGGUGGGUAGGCAGAGGUCUCGGUGCUACGGUCAGAUUCGCAGCCGCUAACACAUUCCUGUGUGAGGCACAUCCCGGUCUGUCAGUUAUUGUGAAUAUGUGUAUUUUAAGCAAUAAGAUUCAGCUGCCCAGACUCCCCUGGGCGGGUCUGGGUGUGUUCUGAAGACAGAGUGGCUCUAACCACUGUGAGAAAACCCUAAUAAAAUCAGUCCUAAACAUCCUA